AUGUUCCCCAUAUCAAUUGCAUCCCAUGGCCUGCCGAAUUCGCCUCUCCUACCACUCCUCAUUAAAUUACAAGUACGAUUCAAUUCCAACUCCAAGUCAAGAUGGCUAGACAGACAAUGGUCCGAUCCAUACACUAGGGAAGCCAAGAUAAACAACUUUCGAUCACGGGCUGCCUUCAAACUAACUGAAAUAGAUGACAAGUUCCAUAUCUUCAACAAAUCCAAGAUACAAAGAGUGCUUGAUCUAGGAUUCGCUCCUGGCGCAUGGUCACAAGUCGCAAGAGAAAGAACUAGUAAGGAAUCCAUGAUCUUGGGGGUGGAUAUAUUGCCCUGUGACCCACCUCAUGGUGUCAGCGCCAUUCAAGCUAAUAUCUUGUCCAAGAAGACCCAAAUGUUGAUCCGAUUAUAUUUCACUAGGCAUUUUAAAUUGAAUAGAAUCGAUAAAUUACAUAAGAAUCACGGUUAUUUGUAUGAGAUGUGGGAGGAAGAACUAUUGCACUCAAAGGAUACAGAAACUUAUAAGGAAAUUUUUUCCUCUAUAUCACCGAAUUCUUCAUCAGAGGAUGAGUAUAAAAAAAUGGAAAAAUUCCCCAUUGAUCUCAUUAUUAGCGAUAUGUAUGCACCUUGGCCUCAAAGCUUGAUUCAUAACACGAAUAAAUUUACUAAUGAUGCUUAUUAUAGGAUGGCGAAUACCUCCGGUUUGACCGUGAGAGAUCAUCAACACUCCAUCGAUCUAUGUGAUGCGGCGUUGGUCACUGCCUUGGAUUUGUUGAGACCUAAGGGUUCAUUUGUUUGCAAAUUAUUCACUGGUGUGGAAGAUAAAUUAUUUGAAAAAAGAGUCAAGAUGGUCUUCAAGAAAACCAUUAGAUUUAAACCGAAAUCAUCGAGAAAUGAGUCGAAAGAGGUUUACAUUAUUGGGAUGGAUAAGAAGGAGGACAUAGAUAAGGUCGAAGUAUUUACAACAUAA